AUGCCAGAGAUAGAAGAGUACCACAAACCAGCUUCACGGCUCACGGACGAUGAUGCCGAGCCCGGCUCCUCAUCCGAAGCGAUGCCAAUGAACCCCCAGCCGCAGUCCGGCUUCUUCUCCGCCCUGCCGCUCGAAAUACGUCAGAACAUCUAUCGGCACUUGUGGAUAGCCGCCGGAUCGACACAGCAUGUCUACAAGGCCAGCCCCUCCCCGCUGGCGCCCCUCUCCCACUGCGCUUGCAUCUCGGAUCCGGACGCCGAAGACGUCCGCGAGAUCAACCUCACCAACGUUCUGGAAGCCCCGCCCGCGGAGCAAACGCCGGAAUGCCGAGAUGGCGCUUUCACCGCAGAGGCCAUGGCACAGCGUGACGAGAUCAACGACUGGCGACUGCGCAACGCUUCACUCUGGUGCAACCACUGGGCAUGUGAAGAGGAACCGCCCGUGCUUCGGCCUGUGGGUGAUACGAUCGGCGAUAGCGACGGCGAUAAGAAGAAGCGGCGGACGAUGGUGAAGGAGUUUAGCCCCUUUCUGGCCAUCCUCCUAGCCUGCAAGCGCAUGCACCAGGAGGCGGUCGACUCCAUGUACGAUGACACUGCGUUUUCAUUCAUCGGGAUCGAUGCUCUUUCACGAUUUUUGGAGACAACCAACGCCGAAUCACUGCUUCGGAUCAACACCCUUCACCUCAUCUGGGCCGCCUCCAUAGAAUCAUACAUGGACCCUGAGGAUGAAGAGGCCAUUACAGCCAAGAUGCAAUGGCUGCUGACAAGCUCCCUCGGCUGA